GUUGCUCUCUGAGCGGUCGUGUAGAGACUGCUCUCAGCUUUUUUUCUGCUGACUGCUAAGAUCUAUAGAGAGCUGCAACAAUGCCCAAAAGAAAGGCUGCAGGUCAAGGUGAUAUGAAGCAAGAGCCAAAGAGAAGAUCAGCCAGACUGUCUGCUUUGCCUGUGCCCAUUAUACCAGAUUUGAAGCCCAAAAGAACAUCAACUCCAAGGAAAAUGAAGACCAAAAAUGAUAUGAUGGGAAAAAACACAGAUGCAAGUGCCAAAACCAUAGCUGAAACCAACAAAGAAGUUGUUAAAGAAUACAAAAAUGAAACUACUGAAAAUGGAGGGGCCAAAAUUAUAGAGGCACCAGUUCCUGAAAGAGAAAUAGAGGAAAUAAAAGAAGAAAAAAUUAAAGAUAUCAAAGAAGAAGGAGAAGAAAAGAAAGAGGCAGUGGCAAAAGAUGGAAAAGAAGAUCAAAAAGAAGAUCAAAAAGGAGAUGGAGAUCAAAAUAAGGAAGAAGUGAAAGGAAAAGAUGUAGAGGAGGACAAAGAUGGAAAAGGGAAAGAAGUUGAAAAAAAAGAUGAGGGGAGAAAAGAGAAAGAAGAAGAUGGAAAAGAGGAAGAAGACAAGAAAGAAACUGGAGAUGGAAAAGAGGGUAAAAUUAGAAAAGGGAAAGGAGAAGAUGGUAAAGAGGAAAAAGAUGAAAAAGAAAAAAGAGAGAAAAAAGAAAAUGAAGAUGGGAAAGGGAAAGGAGAAGAUGGCAAAGAAUCUGAAGAUGGAAAAGAUAAAAGAGAUGGAAAAAUGGGAGAAGCUGGAAAAAAGGAUGAAGAUAGAAAAAGGGAUGAUGGUGGAAAUGAGAAGGAAGAUGAAAAAAAGAAAGAAGGAAAAGAGAAAGAAAAUGGAAAAGAAGAUGGAGGAGAUGUAAAAGAUGAAAGCAAGGCUGAAAUUGGAAAAAUAACCAAAGGAGAAGAGGUCAAAAAAGAAGAGUCUCAGAGUAUUGCUUAA